CGCUGUCAUGGAGUCCGCCUGGUCUUCCCGGGAGGCCAGCCUGGGAUCUACAGACCUGCAGCUGCAGCGGUUCAUGGAGGCGGAGGUGCAGAAGCAGCGGGUGCAGCUGCUCAUCCACCACAUGACGGAGCUCUGCUGGGAGAAGUGCAUGGACAAGCCCGGGCCCAGGCUAGAUGGCCGGGCCGAGCUCUGCUUGGUCAACUGCGUCGAGCGCUUCAUCGAUACGAGCCAGUUCAUCUUGAAUCGACUGGAGCAGACCCAGAAGGCUAGACCACUCUUCUCAGAAAGACUUUCCGACUGAUCUCAGCGUUUCCCCCGCUUUGGAAAAGGAAGAUCCCUCUUCCUUAGGGUUUCGGAUCCAUCUAUUGCCAGCAAGCCUGAAAAUCCUGAAAUCGUCUGUGCCUGAAGGAAGGAAGCAAUGCGCAUGGAGAGGCUGGAGUCAGGAGGCACCAAUCUCUGUCAAGUCACCGUGCACAAAGAGCCUCAUCCUUCGGGGCUGAGAGACGGCUCAGCAGUGAAGAGACUUGUUACUCUUGCAGAGAGCCAGUGGCCAUCUGAUGGCUUUCAACCGUUUAUAACGCCAGUUCUGGCAGACUCAACACCCUCUCCUGACCUCUGGGGCAUCCUAGACACAGAGCACACUUACAUUCACAUAACGGUCCAGAAAGAUGGCUCAGUGAUGAAGACUACUGCUCGCUCUUCCAGAGGACCUGCAUUAAUUCCCCAGCAACCACAAGGUAGCUCACAGCAUCUAUAGUCCAGUUCCAGGGCAUCCAACAGGUUCCCCCCUCCUCUGGCACUCACAGGCACUGCACACACUUGAUAAACAGACAUGCAUGCAGGUAAAACACCCAUACACACAAAACAAAAAUAAAGGUCAAAAGACUGUACAUACAAAAUAAAUAUUUAAAAGAAAGGAA